UGGGGGGCCUCGGGCGGGGCGUGGGGCGUUCAGAGCUAACCGGUGAGCGGGGAACGAGAGGCUGGGCCUGGCGGACAGGCCUGUGGAGGGCUGAGGGGCCCUAGGGCCGUCUCUGCGUCCGUUUCCUCCUCUCUGCGGCGCUGCCUCCCGUUCUCCUCGCAGCCCAGCUGUGCGUGUGAGAGAUGCUUGUUUUCUUGCUUGCCUCUCCCCGCCCAGCGGCCGCGUGCUGGUAGUUAGCCCUGUUCUGCAGGUGGAGGACUCCUCACGCUUCUCUUCUCCGGGCCCCUGGGCCGUACAGCCGAGUGGAGGAUGGUAAAAGCAGCCCCGUGCUGUGCUGCGUGAGGCGUUUCGUGCUGUGCACUGGAUGACCAUAACUAAACAAUGUCUGUACCACGUGGAGCUGUCCAUGCAAAAUGGAUAGUAGGGAAAGUCAUAGGAACCAAAAUGCAGAAAACUGCCAAAGUGAGAGUGACAAGGCUUGUACUAGAUCCUUACUUACUAAAGUUCUUUAACAAGAGGAAAACCUAUUUUGCCCAUGAUCCAUUGCAGCAGUGUGUUGUUGGUGACAUUGUUCUUCUUAAAGCUUUGCCUGAGCGGAGGAGCAAGCACGUGAAACACGAACUGGCUGAAAUUGUUUUCAAGGUUGGAAAUGUCAUAGAUCCGAUCACAGGAAAGCCCUGUGCAGGAACCAGGUUUCUUGAAAAUCUAUCAGAUUCAGAAAACCUGACAGAGGCAGAUACCACCUAUCUAAGUGAAAAACUCCAGGAACUUAAAGUUUGUUCAACAGACAAAUAG